AUGGGCGUAGGGGUGGUGGCCAGGGAUGCUACAGGUGCUUGGAAGGCAGCGUUGUGUUCUUCCUUGCCCUAUGUUUCGGAUCCCUCUGUAGCUGAAUCUCUUGGAGCUCGCCAGGCUGUAGUUCUGGGUCAGAAGAUGGGGUUCCCUUCUAUUGUGCUUGAAGGUGAUGCAAAAGAGAUUGUGUUAGGUUUAAGGAACCCAGCUGGUUGUAGUGCUAGACUGCACAAUGUGCUCCUGGAUUGUCGUUGUCUUUUAGAGUCUUUUAGCUCUUGGAGUGUAAAUCACGUGCGUCGUGAUGGAAACAAGGCUGCCCACAAGUUAGCAAAAUUAGCUGUUUCCCUUUACAGUAAUCAUGUGUGGGUUAAUGUUUGUCCUAAAGAGAUUUGGUCUAUUAUCUGUAAUGACUUUGUUUCUUAA